AAACACAAACAUGCAAAUUUGACCACAAGUUUGUGAUCAUCAUCAUCAGGUCCAUUAUAACAUGAUGAUGAUGAUCACAAAUUUGCUGUCUUUGGUUUUCUUUGCGCUCAUUCUCUAUUCAUCGUUUUCCUUCGUAUCAGUUUUUGGAAAUCUUUGUGAUCAUGACUUUAACUACAAAAAAGGAGAUAGUAGAGGACCAGAGAAUUGGGGGAAUAUAAAACCAGAAUGGAAAAUAUGUGGGAGUGGAAAAUUACAAUCUCCAAUUAAUCUCCUUAGCAAAGGUGUGCAAGAACUUUCUGACCCUGGUAAACUUCAAGUAAAAUACAAUCUAGCCCCUGCUGUCUUACAGAAAAGAAGUCAUGAUGUCAAGAUCCAAUGGAAUGGUGAUGGAGGAAACCUUAUUAUAAAUGAAAAUCAAUACAAACUAUUGCAAUGUCAUUGGCAUUCACCUGCAGAGCACACUCUCAAUGAAACAAAGUUUGAUUUGGAAUUGCAUGCAGUCCACAAAAACACUAAAGGAGAGAUAGCUGUGAUUGGAGUAUUGUAUAAAAUUGGCAUUCCAGAUCCCUUUCUUGCAAAGAUUUUGGACAAGAUAAAGUCAAUUGGUGACAAGGAGAGAGAUUUGGGAUUAAUUAACCCAAGAGACAUCAAACUUGGAAGCAAAAAAUAUUUCAGAUAUUAUGGUUCUCUUACAGCUCCACCAUGCACUGAAGGUGUUAUUUGGACAAUAUUGAAGAAGGUAAGGACAGUUUCAAUGGAGCAGUUGAAAGCAUUGAAAGGAGCUGUUUCUCAAGGAUUUGAAGAAAAUGCAAGGCCAUUGCAGUGUGAUGGUGGAAGACCAGUUUAUUCAUGUACUCUUAAAGAUGAAAAAAUUGUCAUGUAAAAUGUUUACAAGAUGUGAAAUGACAGGAUCGUCUUUAAGGGUGUGCAAGACGGAGUUACUGCACAGGUUAAAAAUUUAUCACACUUAAAAGGUAGCUAAAUAGAGUAUCGUAAAAUGUUUGUUAUAGUUAAAUCUUAGUGAAGAUACGGCCUCUAUUUAUUUUGUCAGGGUUAAAUUGCGAGGAAUCUGCAAGGAAAUUGUGAUAGCUAAUUAGAGAUGAGCAAGUUAGGUUCAUAAAAAAAUGUUUUAUUUUUUUAUUGAUAGAAUAAAUGUAACCAAGCUGGCUUUUUACUCUAAUGAAUAUUCAGUUGGAACAA